AUGAGCCUUUUUGACCUCUUUCGGGGCUUUUUCGGCUUUUCUGGACCUCGAAGCCACAGAGAUUCCUUUUUUGGAGGAAUGACUCGCGAUGAAGACGAAGAUGAUGAGGAAGAGGAGGAAGAAGGAGUCACGUGGGGCCGUGGGAACUCCAGGUUUGAGGGUCCCCAGCCCCCCGAGGAAUUUAGCUUUGGCUUCAGCUUCAGCCCUGGAGGAGGAAUGCGUUUCCACGAUAACUUCGGCUUUGAUGACCUAGUACGGGAUUUCAAUAACAUCUUCAGCGAGAUGGGGGCCUGGACCUUGCCUUCCCGCCCUCCUGAACUUCCAGGUCCUGAGUCAGAGACACCUGGUGAGAGACGGCAGGAAGGACAGACGCUUCGGGACUCAAUGCUUAAGUAUCCAGAUAGUCACCAGCCCAAGAUCUUUGGUGGGGGCUUGGAGAGUGAUGCAAGAUCUGAAUCCCCCAAACCAGCACCAGACUGGGGCCCCCAGAGACCUUUUCAUAGGUUUGAUGAUACGUGGCCUGUGACCCCCCACUCUAGAGCCAGGGAAGACAAUGAUCUUGAUUCCCAGGUUUCUCAGGAGGGUCUUGGCCCGGUUCUGCAGCCCCAACCCAAAACCUAUUUCAAGAGUGUCUCUGUGACCAAGAUCACUAAGCCAGAUGGGACGAUAGAGGAGCGCCGGACUGUGGUGGACAGUGAGGGCCGGAAAGAGACCACAGUAACCCAUCAAGAGGCAGGCGGCAGUCCUAGAGAUGGUCUAGAAUCACCAACACCUCCAUCCUUGGAUGAUUCCUCUUCCAUCCUGGAUUUGUUCCUAGGACGUUGGUUCCGGUCCCGCCUCCUGGCCCGGCAGUGCCUGGUGGAGUUUCUGGCUGUGUUUGUGCUCCUCCUCAUACAGGGGUCUUCAGCCCAGGCUGUCACCAGUGGAGGAACCAAAGGAAACUUCUUCACCAUGUUUCUGGCUGGCUCUCUGGGUGUUAUGCUAGCCAUCUAUGUGAGUGGUAACGUCUCAGGGGCCCACCUGAAUCCAGCCUUCUCCCUGCCCAUGUGCCUCCUGGGACGCCUCCCCUGGGCCAAGUUUCUCAUUUACUCCUUGGUGCAGUUGCUGUCUGCUUUCUGUGCCUCUGGAGUCACCUAUGCUCUCUAUUAUGAUGCCCUACAGAACUACACAGGUGGGAAUCUGACAGUGGCUGGUCCCAAGGAGAUGGGUUCCAUCUUUGCUACCUACCCUGCCCCCUAUCUAUCUCUGAGCAAUGGCUUCCUGGAUCAGGUUCUAGGCACCUGGAUGCUGAUGGUGGGGGUCCUGGCCAUCCUGAACACACAGAACAAGGGAGUGCCUGCAGGUCUGGAGGCUGUGAUAGUGGGGUUACUGAUCCUGGCCAUCAUGCUAUCCAUGGGUGCCAACUGUGGGCUCCCAAUCAACCCCGCCCAGGACCUCGGCCCACGGCUUUUCACCUACGUAGCUGGCUGGGGCCCUGAAGUCUUCAGUGCUGGCAAUGGUUGGUGGUGGGUUCCUGUGGUGGGCCCUCUAGCGGGGGCCACGCUUGGCACAGCCACAUACCAGCUGCUGGUGGCACAGCACAAUCCUGAGGACUCAGCCAUCCCAGGAUCUACAGGAAGCCUCAGACUCGGUUUUCGGACCCCGGACUUCCAAGAACGUAGUUCCUCCAAAAAGCCGCCAGAGGGUGCGCACCCUGGAAACCGGAUUGGGAAGGCUUCGGGAAUCUGCAGGAUGGUGGGGGCCGACCAUCCUGUGCAGGGCAUAAUCCAGGGGACUUCUUCCAAAGCCUGGCCCCCACUGACUGACUCCCAGCUCGCGUAG